AUGGCAGCCCAUCUUGGACAGAACAUCAAAGUCAUAGAUGUCAAGGCAAACCCCCUCCGUGACAACAGUAGUGGUUCCUGGACGUGCCAUGUUCAGGUGAAUGAACUCAUGUAUAUUCUGAAGUACGUAAUACAGCGGCUAACAGAAGUGGCAGAUGGCAGAAACGCCGUGGCUCUUGGUACUCCAUACAGCAAUAGCACGAACGAUCUCAAAGCGUAA